UUUUCAGAGUAUGUGAAAAAAUAAAAAUGGCCAUUAAAUUUUAGUUACUAAUUGUAAUUAGUACACACCCGUUAUAAACUUACCUUGCAAUUAAUGUGGUUAUUACACAAAAAAUAACGUUCCCAGUAUACCCUUCUAAAGAAAUGUUCUGUACCUUAGGUUUAUUAAUUUUUUCAACAAUGUUCCUUUCAAUCUAAUAUAUCAGUAUUUUUUUAUUUUAGUUUUAAGCGAAUUCCAUCGUAAAGUCUACAGCAUUGCGCUGAAAUGGGGAAAGACGAGGAGAGUCUGGCUAAAGAGGCCAUGGAUGACUCCGAAGGGGCAAGACUGGAGAAGCUUAUCAGCGAAUUGGGCCCAUUUGGCAGGUAUCAGUUUUACGUCAUCUCCCUGAGCUGCAUAGGAUGUUUUAUGCCGGCCAUGGUGGUGGUUGCCAUGACAUUCCUGGCAUACGAACCUGACCACAGGUGCCAAAUCGAGGCGUGCGAGCCCUCGCUACUGAACACCUCGUACAGCAGAACCUUCUUGAACUUCACGACCCCCUACGAGGCGAGCGAAGAACGCUGGAGCCGCUGCCUGCGCUACGAGUUCCAGGACAUAGACUCGGCCGACCGCUGCCAAGCUUCUAACUUUGGGACCUUAACAGAACCCUGCGGCCCAGGACAUGUUUUUGACGACAGAUUAUUUAAGUCUUCCAUCAUCACAGACUUUGAUCUGUGGUGCGUGUCGCCCUUCUACCGGUCCCU